GCUUUUUUGGUUUUAAUUCCUGUUUUUAGUUUUGAAUAUUUAUGUAGGAUGCCUUAAAAUUAACCAACAAGAAACAACUGUUUCAUACCUAAUCAUUUGGUGACACUCAAAUAUUUUUAAGACAUUAUUAAAAAUGAAUAAUUAUACUGAAUCUCCAAUGAAAAUGAAAGUUUAUAAGAAACGAUGGUUUAUAUUGUUUCUUUAUAUAUUAUACACAGCAAUAUCACAAUUUCAGUGGGUAGAAUAUGCUAUAAUAGGAAAUAUUAUGCAAAAAUACUACAAUGUGGGUUACUCAACGGUAAACUGGACAGCAAUGGUCUUUAUGUUAGUUUAUCCUAUUUUCGUUGUCCCAGCUUCCUAUAUCAUAGAUAAACAGGGACUGAGAGUAGCAGGACUAAUUGGAUGUUUAGGCACUGCAGCUGGCAUAUACCUAAAAUUAUUUUCUGUGCAUCCAGAUUCAAUUCACUUGGUCAUAACUGGACAAACAGUGGUUGGUAUAUCCGGACUGUUCGUCCUUCCGCUUGCACCAAAAUUGGCCAUUACAUGGUUCCCUGAUAAAGAAAUAUCCAGAGCUUGCGCACUUGGAGUGUUCGGCAUGCAAUUAGGUGGAGCCUUAGGUUUCAUCGUACCGCCUACUUUAGUGAAAGAUCACGAUGAUGUGGACGAUAUUGGACACGACAUAAAUUUAAUGUGUUGGGUUUUAGCUGUGGCCAUUACACCACUUGUUCUUGGAGUUGUUAUAUAUUUUCCCAAGGAACCAAAGUGGCCUCCUAAUAAACUAAGAGGAAAUCAAGAGGUUUUCUCAGUUAAGGGCUUCUUCCAUUCUGUGGUGAAACUAUUUGUAAACGGGGGAUUUGUUAAUCACAUGGUAGCUUUCAGUAUGAGUAUAGGAUCAUUUACAGCUCUUGGAUCUCUAUUGAAUCCUUUUAUACUGGAGUAUUUUGAAAAUGCCCACGAAGAUGCUGGUAGAAUGGGCUUAGUUAUGGUACUGGCUGGGAUCGUGGGGACCCCAAUAGCUGGAUAUGUUUUAGACAAGACUCACAGAUUUAAGGAGUCGUGUUUUAUAUCCGCAGUGCUGCAAGCAGCUAGUGUAGCAGGAUUAAUAUACGCAUUAGAACAGAGAAUGAAAAUUGUGGUAUACUUAUGUUUUACAAUUUUGGGUGUGUUUUUGAAUACCUACGCUCUCUCCAGCAUCGAAUUUGCUACAGAGAUGACCUACCCAUGUAAGGAGAGCACCACCGCUGGAAUUUUGUACGCCAUGUCGCAAGUUAUGGGUUUUUUGGCAACCUUAUUGCUUUCCAUUAUUACUGAGACAUACGGCACUCUAUGGGCACUCACUAUCAUCUUGGUGACUGUGAUUUUGGGUGCUUUGAUGACUUUCUUCACCCCAAAUAAGUUAAGGAGGCAAGACAGCCUAAACUCAACCAAUCCACAGGACGAAAUUCAAAGAACAUGAUAUUGGGAACUGGUCGUUGGACCUUUUAAUGAAAUUUGUAACUUUUUUCUAUUGCCACAUC